GCAGGCAGUUGCUGGGUCUUAUUGGCCACUGGUUAGACCAGGCAGGGUCCGCUAGCCCUGGGCUGCAGGGAGGCUGCUGUGUCCACUGAGCACCUGUGGCUCGGCGGGGCCAAGGAGCUGCAGUCCUUGACCAGCUGGAGGUUUGCUCCUAAGCCUCACUUGGCUCCAUCCAGAUCUGCCCCCCUGACCCUUCCCUGCCCACCAGCAUUCCCAUAGUCCCGGCAAGAGCCAUAGCCCACUUUGCCAAUAUGUCGAAGGUAGCCAAGUAUCGCCGGCAGGUGAGUGAAGACCCUGACAUCGACAGUCUGCUGUCCACCCUGUCCCCGGAGGAGAUGGAGGAGCUGGAGAAAGAGCUAGACGUGGUGGACCCAGAUGGGAGCAUUCCCGUGGGGCUGCGACAGAGGAACCUGACGGACAAACAGUCCACGGGCGCAUACAACCGGGAAGCCAUGCUCAACUUCUGUGAAAAGGAGACCAAGAAACUUAUUCAGAGGGAGAUGUCCAUGGAUGAAAGCAAGCAAGUGGAGACCAGAGCCGAUGCCAAGAAUGGAGAGGAAAGGGGCAGAGAUGCCAGCACAAAGGCCCUGGGCCCCAGACGGGACUCAGACCUGGGAAAGGAGCCAAAGAGGGGCGGACUAAAGAAAAGCUUCUCCAGAGACAAAGAGGAAGCUGAUGGCAGGAGUGGGGAGAAGCCAAAGGAGGAGAAGGUGAUCAGGGGCAUCGACAAGGGCCGGGUCAGGGCUGUGGUGGACAAGAAGGAGGCAGGGAAGGAUGGGAGAGGAGACGAGAAGACGGUGGCCGUCAGGAAGGAAGAGGAGAAGAGACGGAGUGACAGGAGUUCAGGCCUGAUCAAGGACAAGGACAAGAAGAGCGAGGAGGUGAAGGAGCUGGCCAAGAGAGGGGACAGUGAGAAGGUAAAGGGGGACAGCAGGAGCACAGAUGUGAGACGGGAGGACGAGAAGACAAAAAGAGCCACUGGGGACACAGAUAGGAAAAAGGAGGAGGGUGGGGCAAAAAGAAGAACCGAGGACAGGGACACGAAAAAGGAGGUUGAGAAAGUCCAGAGGGAGGAGUCCCCAAGUGAGAAGGAGGCCCAGGAAGAGAGCAAGACCAAGGCAGCUGAGAAACAGGCCGCUGGAGGCCCCAGCCCCAGCAAACCCUCGGAGGGGCCCCCCAGGGCGGAGGAGGAAGCGGCCCCCAGCAUCUUUGACGAGCCUCUGGAGAGAGUGAAGAACAACGACCCGGAGAUGACGGAAGUGAACGUCAACAACUCGGACUGCAUCACCAACGAGAUCCUGGUCAGGUUCACCGAGGCCCUGGAGUUCAACACCGUGGUCAAGGUGUUCGCCCUGGCCAACACGCGCGCGGACGACCACGUGGCCUUCGCCAUAGCCAUCAUGCUCAAGGCCAACAAGACCAUCACCAGCCUCAACCUGGACUCCAACCACAUCACGGGCAAGGGCAUCCUGGCCAUCUUCCGAGCUCUCCUCCAGAACAACACGCUGACCGAGCUGCGCUUCCACAACCAGCGGCACAUUUGCGGGGGCAAGACGGAGAUGGAGAUCGCCAAGCUGCUCAAGGAGAACACCACCCUGCUCAAGCUCGGCUACCAUUUUGAGCUUGCCGGGCCCCGAAUGACCGUCACCAACCUGCUCAGCCGCAACAUGGACAAGCAGCGACAAAAGCGGCUGCAGGAGCAAAGGCAGGCCCAGGAAGCCCGCGGAGAGAAGAAGGACCUGCUGGAGGUGCCCAAGGGAGGGGCCCUGGCCAAGGGCUCCCCCAAACCUUCACCCCAGCCAUCUCCCAAGCCUGCUCCAAAGAACUCCCCAAAGAAAGGGGGUGCUCCAGCUGCCCCUCCCCCUCCUCCCCCGCCCCUGGCUCCACCCCUUAUCAUGGAGAACCUGAAGAACUCCCUCUCCCCAGCCACUCAGAGGAAAAUGGGAGACAAAGUCCUCCCUGCCCAGGAGAAGAACUCACGUGACCAGCUCCUGGCCGCCAUCCGCUCCAGCAACCUUAAACAGCUGAAGAAGGUGGAAGUGCCCAAGCUGCUUCAGUAGGACCAGGCUGCCGGGCUCUGGUGCCAAGGCCAUGAUGGCCCUGGCUCACAUCCAGGGCUGCACAGACCCUGCCCACACCACUCUGGCUGACCUUCUGUGGCUGUCCCUGUUCUGCCAUGGGAGAGCUCAAGGCCUGGGCCACACUCAAGGGAGGACGCUGCAUUUCCUCUCACCUUCCUUUUCUUGUCUCUGGGGCUCUCCAAAAAUUGCUUUGAUGCCUGGAGCUGAGGUUUCUGGACAAGAAGAGUUUUUUUUUUUUUUUUUUUUUUUUUUGUGCAUCAUGGAGAAGAUGGCACUGCCCAGGCCCUUUGUAGUUGGCACGCUUCAAAAGGCCUAUGAUCCAGGAAAGAUGUCCCCCAGGGACCACAUAUCCAGCCCCACUGCCCUUCAGGGCCAGGAUCCAGGCCACUGAGGAGCCCUUGGGGCAAAGCUGCUGGGCCAAUGGUACUCUGAGGGGCAAUGGCAGAGGGAACCAGGGCGUGGGAGUCCAAGGGGAGAGUAGGAGGGGCUGAGGACACGGAGGGCAGCUGGCCUGGAUGGACAGUGCCCGGUGGGAUUAGGCUCCAGAGGAGAGGAAAGGAACAGACCUGAAGGUUUGAUGCCAAAGCAGACAUUUUCCUCACACCCACCCGCUGUUGUAAAAAUAGCUGUGUAUCUGUUUUUCCAUAAGAUUUUGAUAAUAUAUACAAACCUUUAGCUGAGAGUCA